UUGAACAGUAUAUAACGUUAAUGUUCUUCUAUAUCUGGGACAUGGACCUCUUCAGACUGCUGCACAGAUAUUUAAAUUCAUUCACUCCCUCGUUGGGCCGCCGUAUUUCAUAAAAAUUUUGCUAUGAAUCCCAAAGGCGUUAUGAAUACUCUCUCACAGUUUGUGAAUGCUGUCGAGGAAAUGGAGAAAUCCAUUUUAGUUCCUCAAAGUUUACAUGACAUGGCACUGUCAAAAAGUGGCAGUAAUCCUGUUCCAUCAGGCAAUGGAAUCGCUUUAGAGAAAAGCCUUUAUGAAGCAUUCAAUGCGCUGAAAAAUGUGAAGAACGUUGUCCUAACAGGUCACUCCUUGGAUGAUAAAAGCGACGGGCACCCGAUCAGCAGUGAAUUGCAAUCUCUAACAAACUCCUUGGAGGUAAUGACUGACCUGGCCAACAACCUUACCGCCGAAUAUAAGAAAAACUUCAACCUUCUUUUCUGAAAACAGAUUAUUUCUAGGAUGA